GCGCCUUUCCCUCGGGCGAAUCCAAAAGCAAAGAGUGUAUCUCAUCUACUGAGACCGCUUGCAAAGAAAACGCCUUCCGCAUCCUCAACUCAAACAAGCGGAACUCGGUCUCGGUCUUGUUGUUGUUUGUUUCUUCUUUCCAGCGGCGUAGACAAAUAACAGUCCAGACAUGUCUCUUCCCAACGCCUUCGUCACACUUCUAACGACGUCCUCGUAUCUCCCCGGAGCCCUCGUGCUUCUCCAUGCCCUCCAGGAUCUUCACCCAGCGCCGCGGGACUUUCAGAUUGUAGCCCUCGUGACUCCAGAGACGGUCGAUGCUGCUACUAUCGGCGAACUACGAAGGGCAGGGUAUGAUUUGGUGAUUGGCGUGGAACCUAUUGGCAGUGGGAAAGCCGGUCAAGUCGGGUUAGAGCUCAUGGGCCGACCGGAUUUGAAUUUUGCAUUAACAAAGCUUCAUCUCUUCCGCCUCGCCCCGUUCUUCUCUACUCUUAUCUACCUCGAUGCGGACAUCCUCCCCCUCCGACCCAUUUCGCACCUGUUCACCUCGACCGCCCCCCAUGUGUUUUCUGCAUGCCCUGAUACUGGCUGGCCAGACUGUUUCAACUCUGGAUUCAUGGUCAUCCGUCCUAGAGAGAGCGAUUGGGAUGGGCUUAAAGGGAUGUUGAAAGAUGGUGAAGGGGAAGAUGGGCUAUAUAGAGAAGCAGGGAAUGGGAGCUUUGAUGGUGCUGACCAAGGGUUGUUGAAUGAGUGGUUCAGUGAAGAAGGUGGUGGCGGGGACUGGAACAGACUGUCCUUCACAUACAAUGUUACCCCCUCUGCGGCGUAUACCUGGGCCCCAGCGUAUAAACGUUUCGGCCACAAGAUCAGCAAUGUCCAUUUUAUUGGACCUAAUAAACCGUGGACGAGCCUACCCGGAAGACCGGCCGGUGUGUCAAAUGUCAAAGGAAAAGAGAACUCUUACGACUACUUGUCUCUUAUAGACCGGUGGUUUGCAGUGUACGACAAACAUGUCCGCCCAGCUUCCGCUCUCGACCCCGACAUCUCAAGGCGUUUUGCUGUCCCACAAACCAUAGCUGCUUGGGAUUCCCAUGCGAACCGAGCAAGAGCAGCUGCCACUGUCCUGUCUGAAGACAAACUUGAACUGUCCGAGCUCAAAGCUGCCACUGAAAGGGGCGUGAAUGCUUUCAAACCGGGACAGUACACUUCCCUUCCGCUCGAAGGACGAGUAGAUCUGAUCAUGCCCAAACCUAAGCCCGUACCUAGAGCUGCCAUCUCCCAACUGGCUGCCGCAAGUACGGUAGCGCCAUCCGUUAGCCCCUCAGCUCUUACUCCGCCUCCCGCAGAUGCGGUCCCAGCCCCUGCGCCUGCUCCUGUCCUGACUCAGACAGAGCAACAGACCGCCCAACCUUUUGUCUGGGACGCCCAACGUUCCUCCCCACCAGCAAGCGCUCCACCGGAAAUGUCCGUCCCCCACACAUACUACCGCAACGCAUGGGAAGCUCCCCUUUCCCAACAAUCAUCCUAUUACGCCCACCCCGAGUCUCACCAACCCCAGGCUGAACACAAAGAACCAGAGUAUCCUACAUUGCCAAAGGAAGUGACGGGGGAUAGUUGGUAUGCGAGGUUUGCGACGAGCACGCCGGAUAAGCGUGCAGUAAGUGCAGUUUUCCCGUGGGAAGAGAAAACCGGCAGCCAUGGGUAUGGACAUGGGUCCAGACCGAAACCGGAGAGGGUGUUCCCGAAAGGAGAGGAACCGCUACCCCCUCUUGUGCAGCAGUUGAUCCAUCCUUUGCAACCGCCGUCCAUCUCGAUACAGUACGCCACUCCUACCGACUCUUACCAAUCCCAGCAUCCCUCUCACGCAACGGGGAUGGGAAUGGCAGGACAAGCACAAGCACCGAAAAGUCCUUCCCCGCCACCAAGACACGUGUCCAUGGUAGAAGCUAUGGCAUCGUAUAAGAAUGUGUGGGAUGAUAUUCCGCAGAUAGGGAAGUAUGUGGAUAUCAUGAGCGGGAAGACUGGUGGAAGAUCUGUCAGAGGUUUGUCUACCCGUGGACACGGACAUGGGCAAGGUCAUAUUCAAGGUCAUAGUCAAGGGCAAAAGCAGUCACAGGCGCAAAGCCAUGAGAGGAACGUCUCUCUCCAGUCCCUUCAGUCUGUCCCGGGUACACCCCGUACUCAAUAUUCCACUUUCGGUAAAUCCCCGCGGCUUACUAAUGCGAGGGAUCUAGAAAGACGAGGAAGUUUGGAGCAACCUGAAGAUUCCGCUGAUGGGGAUGAUGAAAACUCUACUUCGGCCUCGGAAGAGGAAGGUGGAAAAGGCGGGGAAGGAAAAUCGUCGAAGCCGUAUAAGGGCAAUAGGAAAUAUAGAGAUCGGUGGGCACAGACGGAUAGAGUGAAGACGGUUGAUGAGACAGUCCAGACGCAGACGCAUGCUGGGGAAGAGAUGGCUGGCGGAGGGUUGAAAAUGUGGGGGCUGCCUCAUGCUUCUGCCCAUGGACGGAAGAGCAGCAAGGAGAUUCCUUUCCCCAGUGGAAGUGGGAAUGGAAGAGCAGGAGGGGGAGGGCAGCGAGAAGCUCAGACUCAACACCAAUCGACUUAUUACGAGUACCAACAACAACACCCCCACUCCCAGCAGCCUCGACAAGGGAGUACGGCAAGCCCGAGCCAGAAACCCGAGUUAAACGCUCGUCUUCCGGAUUAUUCGUUUGAUUUCAAGGGGGCUACUUCCCAUGCGCAAGGGAUUGCCCAAGCACAGGCACAAGCCCAAAGUCAGGCUCAAGGACAGGGGGCCAACUCCAACCUGAACGCACAGCAUAGGCACAAGCCGAGCGGAUCAUUCUCGACCAUUUAUGGUGGUCGAGGGAGGGUUUGGGAUCCGAACACGGAUGUGGAGGUAAGGAGACGGGAUAGUCAAGAGGUCCUGGCGAGAUUUAUGCAAGGCAACUUGGGGAGAGGAUGAUUAGAUCUUCUCUUUUUUCCUUGAAACGUUGUGCGGAGCGCAGGGAGCGUAUCUAGGAGCCUCCUGUUCCCCGUAUGCGUCAUAACAAUGUCCCGACAGGACUGGAUUGUAUCUUGUGUUGACCUCGAUAUAUCGAGGAAACCUAUCCAUUAGAGGAGUUGUGCAAAAACAAAAAAAUAUCAAAAAAAAACGAGACAGCCUGAGGUUGUAGCUAUAUUUUAUCUUUUUUAUACAAUCUGUCUGGUUUAAUUAUCCAUCUGUUUAUCUCUGCCAAUUAUUUCUCUUUUGCGAUGUGUUUAGAUUUGGGUUUUCUUUUUUUCUUUUUUUAAUGGGGAUGUCUUAUAUCAACAUAAAUAUACCUACAUUUGGGAUAAACAAAC